AUGGAUAAGCUUUUUGUUGUUCUAGGUCUUGUGAGUGCCUCUCUACUUGUAUUUGCUUCUAGGGUUGCAAAUUGUGACACCAUUUCAUCUUGUACCCAAACACCAUACCCUCGAGUAUGCAAUUCAUUCAUUAGCUCUAAUCCUCUAGUAGCCUCAAAAGGGUUCCUUAAUGUAUCCCUCACAGUCACUUUGAACCAAGCUCAACUAGCCCACAGUCUCAUUUCAGCUAUGGACUUGAGCUCCUUCGACGAGCUGGCGAAGGUGGCAUGGACCGACUGUUUAGAGCUCUAUGAUGACACUGUUAAUCAGCUUAAUCGUGUGUUAUUGUCUAAUAGUUGGGAAGAUACUCAAACAUGGCUUAGUGCAGCAGUUGCCAAUGAAGAGACAUGCAAAAAUGGGUUCAUGGAGCUCAACUCAGCUUCAUAUUUGUCUUCCUUACCUUCCAUGUUGAGUAAUUUCUCAAAGUUACUUAGUAACUCUCUUGCUAUCAACAACCAGGAAGCUUCAACUUCAUCAUUGGCUAGUAAACCAGGUGGUGGUAGAAGAUUACUUGCUGGUGGGUUCCCUUCAUGGGUCUCAGCUGGUGAUAGAAAGCUUCUUAAGUCAUCAACAGCAGCCUCACAAGCCAAUAUAGUGGUGGCAGCUGAUGGGUCUGGUAAUUAUAAAACCAUCUCUGAGGCUUUGUCUGCUUCAUCCAAUUUAAGGAGUGGGACUUCAAGAUUUGUUAUAUAUGUGAAGAAGGGCACUUAUAAGGAGAAUGUUCAGAUUACAAAGUCAAUGAAGAAUAUAAUGCUAAUAGGAGAUGGGAUUGAUGCCACCAUAGUUACAGGUAGUAAGAAUGUCCAAGAUGGUUCCACCACUUUCAAGUCGGCCACAGUUGCCGCCGUGGGCGACGGCUUCAUAGCCAAGAACAUGACCUUCCAAAACACGGCCGGACCUCAGAAGUAUCAAGCAGUUGCAUUCCGUUCAAGCUCAGAUCUAUCAGUAUUCUAUCAUGUUAGCUUCAAAGGUUACCAAGACACUUUAUAUGUCUACUCUCAACGCCAAUUCUACCGAAACUGCGACAUCUAUGGCACCGUAGACUUCAUUUUCGGCGACGCCGUCGUUGUGUUCCAGAGAUGCAACAUCUAUCCAAGAAAACCAUUGAGUGGCCAAGAGAACACAGUGACUGCUCAAGGCAGAUCAGAUCCGAAUGAGAACACCGGAAUUUCGAUCCAUGAUUGCCAAAUUACGGCAGCUUCGGACUUAAAAGCAGUCCAGAGUUCAGUUAAAACUUACUUGGGAAGGCCAUGGAAGGAAUACUCAAGAACUGUAGUAAUGAAGACUUAUCUAGAUAGCUUGAUUGAUCCAGCGGGGUGGCUUGAAUGGAGUGGCGAUUUUGCUUUAAGUACUCUUUACUAUGGAGAGUAUGAGAAUACUGGUUCGGGUUCUAACACAAGCGAACGAGUGAAUUGGAAGGGUUAUCACAUCAUGAGCACCUCUGAGGCCCAAAACUUCACAGUAGCAAACUUCUUGGGUGGUGGUACUUGGAUUUCUUCAGCCGGAGUUCCAUACACUUCCGGGCUAUAAUUAAGUCUAUAAUUUAAGUUCUUCUACCGGAGUCAUCUCUCUUGUUUCAUGCAAUUGUGAUCUAUCGUGGUUUGUGUUCAAUUCCCUUUGUAUAGAAUAGGCAAUAAAGAUGCUUUCCAUGUAUGUAUUCAUUUUUUUAUUUUUUUAUUUUUUCUCU